AAAUAAAAAGAAAUUAUUCUCAAUAUAUUGUAAGUUACAUAUAAAAUUUCAUUUAAAUAUGACAACUGUUUCUAAAUUGCUACCAGUUUUCCGAUCUACUAAGACUAACAAUUUAGUAGCAACUACGGAGAAUAUAUUGAAAUUUAGAGUACUAAAUCGUCGUAGUUAUUCAACUGAAAAAAAUAGGGGCUUAACCAAAGCGACUGAAAGAGCUGACGUUUCAACUGAUGUGCGACCUCUUGGAGAAAAGAUAAAAGAGACAACUAAAACCGCGUCCUACACCGGAGUUAUAUUACUUGGAGUUGGUGUCACCGGUGUUAUCUUUUACUACGUUUUUAGAGAAUUAUUCUCCAGCAACAGUGCUAACAGUAUAUAUUCUGUGGCCCUUGAAAAAUGCAAGAACGAUCCUCAAGUAGAAGAUGCCCUUGGUGCCCCAAUAAAAGGAUAUGGUGAGGAGACAACAAGGAGACGACGCACACAUGUCAGUCAUGCUGUAUAUGAAAAGGAUGGAAUUAAACACAUGAGGAUGAAAUUUUACAUUAAAGGAAUUAGGAACAAAGGCGUUGUUGAGUUAGAUAUGAAACAGAAUGAUUAUGGAAAUUACAUGUGCCGAUACUUACUAGUACAACUGGAUGACUUCAGUGGAAAAACAUUUAUUAUAGAAGACAAUAGAGCUGAUUUAGACAAAACAAAACCAGAAAUUGGAUUUCCUACCCUUAAUUUAACUCAGUGAUUAUAAAUUCAUAAUAUGAUGUAAAUAAAUAUUUUAAUAAGUAGGUAGAAAAUAAUAUCAUAAAAAAUAAAUAUAGUUGAUGUAUGGUUUUA